AAGAAAAAGUACGACGGGGCCGUCAAGGACAUUGAACCGGAGUUCCUCAAGCUGCUAGAUCUCUACUGUCGACGCAUCUUUAGCGACAAAUUGACACCCAAAAUUAUCCACGGACAAGAGCUGGGACCACAGGAAUUUUUCAACUACACCAAGGCAUACGCCGCAAUGUUUGCCGAUGGGGCCAAGUUCCCAGAGGCUGGGACAAUGUUGGAUGCCACGGCAUCGGCGAACAAUACCAAUGCCAGAGAUGAGGCUCUCAAAAUCUACAAGGAGGUCAUGGAUCGCAUUGCCGGUCCAAGCUGUAGCAGCUUUGUCAAUGUGCAACAGUUGGAGGAUGACCACAAACAUAACGUCACGCAGGCGCUCGAGAUCUUUGAUGCAAGAGCUAAUUUUGGGAGUUCGAAAAACAUUCAGAAAUCGCGACGAGACGUUCAAAUUGCUAUCGACGAGCAGUUUGUGUCCUACCGAAAACUCAACGAACAACGCAAUCCUUUGUUUGGAAUGGAAAUUUACAUCAUUCCUCUUGCCACUGCUGGAAUUUCCUACCUGGUCAAGUUCUUUGUCGACUUGACGUGCUCGCACAACGUCUGUAUUUCGACGUCUCAGCUACUGAAGGAGUUCAUGUCGUUUGCUCUCUGCUUUCUCGGAAUUUUGGUCAUUACGAAAUUCGAGCAAAUCAGGGAAUUCUACGACAGAAUUCAAGGGAUGUACAAGGCUAUGAAUCAACCGCCUCCAAAACCCAAGCAGGAUUAG